GGUCAGAUCAAUGGUCAGACAUGAAGACUCUCGAAAAGUCUGAGCUCCAAGUGGCCGAGAAAGUCCUCAAGAAACACCUUCCAAAAAGUUAUAAGGUGUAUGGAUACCUUUACAGCAUUAACCGGGGCAAACCCACAACAAUGGAGGUAGUUGUGGAUGCCUGGCCGGAUUUUAAAGUAAUCAUUUGCAGACCUAACCUCAGGAAUAGGCAUGUCAUGGAUUACACAUUAAAAGUGACUGUCUUCAGCAUGGAUGAGCAGAUCUUUAGGACUACGUUGACACAGGAAAAUACUGUUGACUGGAGCCUUAACUUUUUAUUUGCAGGCCUUGAUGCUUCCAAUGUACCCCUUAUCAAGGACGUUUCUGCCUUGAAAGGUGUAAACCUGAAAACCUAUACAACAGUUCAGAUGCUGCAUUUGCCUGAUAUCAGUUAUUUGAACUCACCAGCUGUUGAUGGAGAGCUUGAAUCAAGGAUCACAUCGCUUGAUGUGUCUCACAUUGAUUUGGUGAACAACACUUGGAAGUUUGGCGGAGACGAGCGAGGCUAUAGAAAUGUUAAAAACUUAAUUUCAAACUUCCCUUCAUGUUGUAUUAAGGAUGAACAGGGCCAGCCAGUGUCAUGGAUCCUGGUUUAUGACUACUGUGCCAUAGGAAUACUAUACACUGUUCUUGAACACAGAGGGAAAGGUUAUGCUAAAGUAUUGGUGAGUGCGUUAGCAAAGAGACUCCACUCUGAAGGCUAUCCCCUCUUCAGCUUCAUAGAGGAGGACAAUACAGUUUCAUAUAAACUGUUCAAGAGCCUGGGCUUCACUGAAGUCCCCUCUUACAGAGCAAUGUGGCUUGAGGUUAACCCCUGACACGCAAAAGCAGGUAUAAAUGUAAUAAAAUAAUGUAAAAUCGUAUAUAGCAGGUUUUGCACAUUAUCUAGCUAGCUGAUGUGCUCUUAACUUGCAAGAUCUGUCUGAUAAAAAUUUACAUAACUCUAGUAUCAGCUUCCGGACAUGAGAUAUAACGUGGGCUCUAUAGAGUGAGCCACAUUAGAAAGAUAACGAGAUUUUUUACAAAUGAGAGAGACUUGGUUAAAUUACAGUUAAAUUAGAUAAAAAAUAACAUAACUUAAGCAAAAGACCUGACUUGUGGUUUGUUAGACCGGAGGCGCCCACCUUUUUUUUCUCUACUACUCAAAAGCUUUGUCUCACUCGUGGUACCCACUAAUUCGAGCAGUAAGCGAAUAAAUGUAAGUAAUGUAAAUACUUGUUUACUAUGGGACUAUAGUAUAAAAAUAUUAUUAGAUUUAUAUUCAUUGUUUAAAUGACAGCUAUUGAUGUCCAAAAUCCACCAAAACUUUCUGUAACAAUUAACAUUUUUAUACAAAUGCUUUUCACUUUCACCUUUAUCAGAAAAUCAUGAAAUAAAAUAUAAUAUAUGCUCUUCCCUCCUCGUGCAUUCAAUAAAGAGUUCUUUUACUGAU